GAGGUUCAUUGAGUCUCAGUGCAGAGGUCGGGGUCUGCAGACGGGAUGCUGCUGUGGCUGCUGCUGGCUGGAGCUCUGCUCCUCGGGCUUCACUUCCUGCUCCACAGGACGCUCCUGAGGCUGCCCCGCUGCACAAGCAACGUGCAGCUGCACGGGAGAACCGCCGUGGUCACCGGAUCCAACACUGGCAUUGGUAAGGCCACCGCCAAGGAGCUGGCCCAGAGGGGGGCCAGGGUGAUUCUGGCCUGCAGAGACCAACGACGAGCACAAGCUGCCGUCCAGGAAAUCACCAUGGAAACUGGGAACCAGCAGGUGAUCUUCAUGCAUCUGGACCUGGCCAGUCUGAAGUCUGUUCGCUGCUUUGCAGAAACCUUCCUCCGGACUGAGUCCAGACUGGACCUGCUGAUCAACAACGCAGGUCUGAUCAAAGACGGCAGAACAGAGGACGGUUUUGGGAUGAUCUUUGGCGUCAAUCAUCUGGGUCACUUCCUGCUCACAGUGCUGCUCCUGGACCGGCUCAAGGCUAGCGGGUCGGGUCGUGUGGUGACUGUGGCCUCCAUAGGCCACAGAUACGGGAAGAUUGACUUCGGGUGUCUGACGACUCACAGAGACUUGGCCGCGGGCGACAGCAACUACCAGCUCUUCCAAAAGUACUGUGACAGCAAACUGUGCAACGUCCUGUUCACCUACGAACUCGCCAGGAGGCUGCAGGGCUCGGGCGUCUGCUGCUACAGCCUCCAUCCGGGAAUCAUUAAGACGGAGAUCGGACGCAACUCCAGCCUGUGGUUGAGACUCCUCUCCGUCCCCUUUCUUCCUUUCCUAGUCGACGCCGAGUCUGGAGCCCAGACCACGCUGCACUGUGCCCUGGAGCAAGGCAUGGAGCACCUCAGCGGCCACUACUUCAGCCAGUGUGCGCCGCUGCUGGACGUCCAGGCGAAGGCGAGAGACGCCGCCGUGGCCAAGAAGCUGUGGGAGCUGAGCGAGCGUUUCUGUGGCCUGAGCCUGUGACGCCUGCAGCGUCCAUGAAGGGCUGCACCUUAUGUAUAACCUAAAGCCUGUUAGUUAGUCAAAAGCAUUAAAUAAAUUAGAGUCUUCACACACAAACUACCGAAA